CACAUCCUUCAUACUGACAGCAUGUUUUUGUUGCUGUUUAUUUCUCCCAGGAAUGAUCAACAUCCUCCAUGGUAUGGGGCUCCGCUUUCUGGCUCUCGGACAUCACACUCCCUUUAUGCAUGUAGCGCAGAGUCACAACUACCGUAACAGCGAGAUGGCGCGCCAGGCUGUCCGAGACUGUGGGUACGAGAUCGCUCUCGGCCUGAUGCCGCAGUCCAUUGGCCCGCUGACGUUCGUCUUCACGGGGUCCGGAAAUGUGUCGCAGGGCGCACAAGAAAUCUUCAACGAACUUCCCCACGAGUAUGUCCAUCCCAAGGACCUCAAGGAGGUUUGUGAAACAGGAGAUACCAGUCGAUGCUAUGCUACCGUUCUGAGCCGAAAGCACCACCUGAAGAACAAAGACACAGGCGUAUUCUCUGCCGAGGAGUAUGAGUCACACCCUGAGAGAUAUAUCUCAACAUUUGCACAGGAGUACGCUCCCUAUGUAUCCUGUCUCGUGAAUGGAAUCUACUGGCCUCCCAACGCACCGCGCCUGCUGACCUUCUCCGACCUUCAGAACCUCCUGAGUCCCGACAUGGCGCCCAAACACGUUCCCGAGGGACCGGGCAUGCCCAGACUGCCUCACCGUCUGGUUGCGGUGUGCGACAUCUCGGCAGACCCUGGCGGUUCGCUGGAGUUUAUGACGGAGUGCACCAGUAUCGAUGUUCCCUUCAUUCUGUACGACGCUGAACAUCACGUUCUCAGACCGCGCACAUCAAGUCUGAUCACCCCCUACGGUAGCUCGGUCACACUGGCUGACCAGGACUCCAGCGAGUACCUAAGCCGCAGGUUAAAAACUAACAGAGGAGGUCCGCCAACCUGUUUUGCUGGUGACGGAGUCUUGGUGUGUUCCAUUGACAACUUCCCAGCUCAGCUCCCCCGAGAAGCCACCGACUACUUUGGGAACCUCCUUAUUCCGUACGUCUGGCAGAUGCUGAAGUCCAGGGCUGAUGUCCCAUUUGAAGAACAAGAAGGGCUGUUCUCUCCCACAGUUAGUGGGGUAAGUCUGCACCAGGGGCUGAAUUAUUCAUCAGAUGAUGAGGAGCAAGAGGAGGAGGAGAUGGGUGAUGCCUCAGACUUGUCCAGUGAUCGCUUGACACCCCUAACAGAGGAGCCUCCCUCACCACCACAGACAAGAGACACCACCCUGCCGCAGGAUGGAGACAAUCAGGAUGCUGACAUGACUGAUGAGCCCGGCACUUCUGCACAAGGCAAGUUUUUCCUAGUGAUGUUGGGUGAAGCCUUCGGUGACAACAUCCUAUUUCCUGAACUGAUGAGCAGACUACACAGAGUGUUAGUGGAAGACAGACAGGCACAAGCAGAGGACAGAAGACUACAGGAACUGAUGAGCAGACUACACAGAGUGUUAGUGGAAGACAGACAGGCACAAGCAGAGGACAGAAGACUGCUAGCGGUGGAAAGAAGACGGCUAGUGGAGGACAACAGAAACAACAAGGUGAUCUAG